AUUGCGGUGCGGUGCGGCUGCGGUCGCGGUGGCGGUGCGUGCGGCGGUGCGGCCCGGAACUUGGGGGGUCUUUAAAUCUGAAAUCUGAAAUUUAGCCCACACAAAACAUGUCUGGCUCAAGAUACACACGAAACCUCUUUCUCAGAGGAAUGAGUGUAAUUUAUAUGUUUGCCUUUGCUUCAUUUUACAUUCAAAUACCGGGAUUGUACGGCACCAAUGGCAUCUUACCUGCACACACUCAGUUGGUACUGAAAGGAACGGAGUCCGUUUUCUCUAAAAUGUCGAUCAAACCAACUCUCUUAUGGUUUGCUCCGCUUUUGGGACUCAAUAUUGAGUAUAUGAUGGAUGUUCUGGCUCUGAUUGGAACCGCUUUAGCUUUUACCGGGUUUGUGAAGCAGUCUUUUUGUACUGCACCAACAUUUGCAAUAUUAUGGACAUUGUAUUUUUCCCUUUAUCAAGUUGGUCAAACAUUCAUGGAAUUCCAAUGGGACUCUCUUUUACUGGAAGCUGGAAUUUUGGCAGCUUUAGCCGCACCAAUGAUGAGUUCAGGGGCCAAAAAAAGCUCGCCUGUUGACUCCAUCUCUCUCUAUUCUGUGCGAUGGCUUUUCUUUCGGCUAAUGUUCUCAUCUGGUGUUGUUAAAUUGUCUAGUGGUUGUCCAACAUGGUGGGGUCUCAGUGCUUUGAAUGUUCACUUUGAGUCCCAGUGCAUUCCCACACCACUUGCCUGGUAUGCCCAUCAUCUUCCAGUGUGGUUCCUUCGUUUCGUAACUGCCUUUGCAAUUCUGCUUGAAACAGUUGUCCCCAUGUUAUUCUUUGUACCCUUUAAAGCAGUUCGAAAUGUUGCCUUUCUUCUCCAGGUAUUCCUUCAAAUCAACAUUAUUUUGACAGGAAAUUACAAUUUCUUCAACCUUUUGACCAUAACUUUGAGUCUGUCACUUCUUGAUGAUGAUUUUUUCAUAAAAGAGCCAAAAUCACUGUUCUACCAAGUCACAACAAUUUUAUUAAGUCUAAUGUCUGGUGUGUUCCUGUCUUAUGCAAUGUGGGUGCUUUUUGAAGUCAGGCUUAAUGAUGAUGGGGUUAUUGACACAUCUAUUGCAUUUUCAGUGAGCCAAUUUGACAAGGUGGUUGGUGCAGCAGUUGUUGACUUUGUAUACAUUGGGCUUUGUGGUUUGGCCUAUGCAAUUGCGACUGGUCUUUUUGGAUCAUUGACCUUAAGUGGUGGCCUGAUAAAGAAGGUGCUUAGUCUAUGUUCAGUUGUAAUGUAUUCAGCAGCGGCAUUAUUCUUGUUUGCAAUCAGCAUUGUGCCCCACUCCUCUCUGCAUCCCAAUGGAAACAACACUGUUUUGCCUGAAGUUCGCCAGUGGUACACUCAGACAAAACACUUGCACCUUGUUGAUGCAUAUGGUCUGUUCAGGAGAAUGACAGGUGUUGAAGGCAGACCAGAAGUAGUCAUUGAGGGAUCCAAUUCGAUUGAAGGUCCAUGGAAUGAAUAUCACUUCCUCUACAAACCUGGCAAUGUCAAUGCCACUCUUCCCUUUGUUGCUCCCUACCAGCCUCGUUUGGAUUGGCAAAUGUGGUUUGCUGCUCUUGGAACGUAUCAUCAAAACCCAUGGCUGAUGAGCCUGACGUACAGACUACUCUCUGGACAACCAGAAGUGCUUCAGCUGUUGGACACAUCUCGUAACCCUUUCCCUAACAAACCCCCAAGAUACAUUAAAGCUAGUCUCUACCAUUACCGCUACACCACCUGGGAAGAAAGAUGGAGCUCAAGCUGGUGGACUCGUGUAAGAGUUGGGGAAUAUUUCCCUAUCUUCACUCGUGACCAUCCUCCAUUGCUGGAUUAUCUUAAUUCUAUGAAGGUGCUAAGUCCAAGUUCCAAAGAACGUUCUCCAAAUACCUUACUUACAACUGUUUUGGACUUCAUAAGAUCAUUUGUUGUGUACAUUGAACCCAGCAUCUUGAUCAUCUCUCUCUUUAUUACGGGAUGUGUUCUUAUAACAACAAUCCGUCGCCAGCCUCGUAAAGUUCGUAGAAAUAAAGGAAAGUAAAAUAUUUGUCUUCCACAGCUAUUUUUACAGUGUGCCUCAAAGACUAAUAGUUUUUAAGUGUUUGUUAACAUGUAUAACAGUAAAAGUAAUUUUUGUCCUUCUUUGGACUUACAAGAUAAGUUUUAUAUGUACCUUAAUGUUGGCACUGAAUACUUGAUUUUAUCCUUAAGUCCAUUAUUGCAUACAAGAUACUUGUUACUUGUUUUUCUUUUUAAAGAUUCAUUUUUAUUUGUCAAUUUUGUUAAAUCUCUUAGUAUUUUUUUUUAAAGAAUCUAUUAUUGCUUUUUAAGUAUAAUAAAUAAUCAAUCAUACACUCAGUAUACCUUAUAUAAUGUUGAAAAGUUUUCAGUUGAGGAAUGUAAAUGUACAAAAAAUAAAUAUAAUACUGUAACGUUAGUCA